AUGGUCAAACCACUUCAAGAACUUGAGUGCUGGACUGAUUGGUUUAACAGAGAUAACCCCAGUGGAAGUGGAGACUGGGAAGUCCUUUCAGUGCUAAGAAAAGACAACCCUGGAAAGAUCUGCUCCAGACCCAUCGGCAUUGAGGUGAAAACUCUGAGCGGUCUCACUGUUUCUCAAACAGGAGAUCAGAUUUACAGACAAGACACAACUACAGGAUUUGUCUGCAGAAAUGACGACCAGCCUUUCAUGAGGAUGUGCAGUGAUUAUCGCGUUCGUUUCAAUUGCUUCCCUUCAUUCUGUGGUGGUGAAGUAACAGUGUGCUGGACAAAGUGGUAUAAUCGGGAUCGUCCUAGUGGAAGUGGAGACUGGGAACUUUUGAGCAACCUCAGAGAACAAUAUCCGGGCCAAAUUUGUGCAAAACCCCUGAAACUUGAGGUUGUUACCACUGACACGAUGACCCCAGCCAGCAGCACAGGAGAGAUCUUCUUUCUAAAUAAUCCAACCCAGGGAUUUGUUUGCAAGAAUUCAGAUCAGAAAGAUGGAAGAUGCAAAGACUACCAAGUCCGCUUUGGAUGCCCGUGUUAA